AAGAAGUUGGGGAAAUGCUGCACAUUUUUCAGGGGGAUGUGUACCUUUCCUGGAGGCUGGAAGAGAAGCACUGUACAUAUAUAUGGGGGAAAGGUGAAACAGAAUGGGGUAGCUCUUAGCAAUGGGAUGAAGCAAAAGGACUAUUAUUGUACAGAAGUGGAAAGGGGCUGCAAUUCUCUGUGGAUAGAAUACUGGCUGCAGAACACUCUGUAAAGUAGGAGGCUUACAACUUUACAGGAAAUAAAGUGAAAUGUGUGCUUCUGUGUGGAGGAAAGGAAAUAGACUUCCAAUGUACUUCAGAAGGGGGAGGGAAUUAUCAGAAAGAGUGGAACUGAGAAUCUUGCAGGAAAGAGGAGGAUAAAAAGGAUUGUGCAGAACUCUUAAAAGUUAAAAGCUACUUGCUGAUUUCAGUCGUAAUUAAAAGGUGGUCAUUUAGCUCUUUGGGUCUAGGUUAAACAACAAAUUUAUUGGAUGUUUGGGAGUGGAGGAAUAAUUCAAAUUGUACUAGAUGUUGUUGAAGUAGUAAAAGUUGGGAAGAAACAAACAAAUAUUCUCACUUCCACCUCCAUCUAUCUUGCCAUCUACCAGUUUGCUGCUCAGCAUUAACCUUUUUCUUGUGAUAACAGCAUAGAUCAAAUAAUAUGCAAACAAUAUAAUCAGAGUAGUGUAAUGUGUACAGGAUAUGAAGCCAUAGGACAUGCCAUGGAUUAGCCACUUAAUGUGAUGUCUGGAAGAUUCACUUCGAUAAAGUUCCAAUUUUAAACCCUACCUUAGUCAUUUUGAUUUUUCAUAAAUGUCAAAAGGAAAAUAUGCUAGUACCAUUUUGGAAAUGUUGUUAAAUGUUUUUUUUUGUUUAAAAGAAAUAGAAUUCUUGAAUUGUGCUGCUUUUGGUUAUUGAGAGUUUCACACGUAAAACUGAUUUGACACAGCAACCGGGCCUCUGUUUCCUGGUAUGUCCUUGGGUGAAUUCAUGGGUCACAAAACUAACAUCUGGCAGCUGAGCAGAUCUGUGGGUGAAAUAUUAGUAUAUUUAACCAUUAGCUGUUUGCAUAAAGUCACAAAAGCCCUGAGUAAUGAAACUCGUGAACAGACAACUGAAAGGAAUCUGGGCAUCAUUUGGAAAUAGCACGGAAAUGAUGCAUUCCGAUGGAGACUGCCUCCCUGCACUGAGCAGGACUGCCCUGGAUGGUGCUGCUGGCGAACCCGAACAACGGUGUUCUUUAUGAGUGAGUGUGCUUCAGUGGAAUAGCACUGCCAUGUCAUGUCUACUGUGAUUGCGUGCACAUUAGCUUUUCAGUUGUGUUGCAUGUGUGUUAAAACAUAGGCUGCUAAAGGUGGUUGCCUUUAUUGUUCUGCAAAGCACAUACCUUUGUCCUGUGUUUUUGUAUUCCCUGGCACUACUCUUCUACAUGAUUCAUUGAACCAGCAGUUGCCUUGCUCAAUAAUCAAUGUACAGUGGUGGAUUAUGAUGGCUAUGAAGAUAGAAUCUAUAAUGGAACACGAUUCAGAGUUUGCCUAAGCCCCAAGUUUCUCAGUCCAGGCUGAAGCUAAUUGAUGUAUUUUGAAUCUGUCUCAUUAGUGUAAUGAUAAUCCCACAGGGAUCUGCACUAGUAUAAAUAUAAAACCCUAUCUCAGCAUAUGUACUUUUUUCAUCUUGAGCCAAGGUAAGGUAAAACAAUUGGAGGAAAAUGAAAACCAAAUGAAAUUGUUACAUAAACUGAACAUCAAAUGGAAACCAGCACAAACUAACAUUUUUGCAAAUGAUUCCAGCUUUUAUUCAUGAAUUUAUUUUUGAGUGGACGUGGCUAAUGUUUGCAGACAAAAAUAUUGUGAGACAAACACUUGGAAUUGUGUGGAAAUGGAAAGGGUUAAAGUUCCAUUAUCUUCCAAAUGUUAAUGUCCGGAAGUUGAGGGAACUUCUCCAGGUGUACAGUAGAGAGCAUAUUGACUAGUUGCAUCCUGGACUGGUUUAGUAACUCAAAUGCCCAGGAACAAAGAAGAUUACAAAACUUAGUAACACUACAUGGUCCAUCACAGGUACUGACCUCCCCAACUUUGAACAGAUUAUAGGAGGCACUGCCUCAAAAAGGCAGCCAGGAUCAUCAAGGGCCUGCCCAUGCUCUCAUUUCGCUCCUUUAAUCAUGAAGGAGACACUGGUGGCUGAAAAGUCCAAUGAUGUUAUCUAUUGAUUUAUGUAUGCAUAAAUCUUCUGUUGCAACUAAAAAUCUCAUUGAUCUGUUUCAGGACACAUGGCAAUUAAACAUUCUUCACUCUUGAGAUAGAUAAAAUUAUGUUUGAAAGGCAUUUGGAUAGGUUCUUGGACUGGAAAUGCAUACAGGCCUAAUGCAGGCAAAUGGGAUUAUGCAUCAUGGUGGUUAGCAAUGACACAGUAGACUGAAAGGGCACAUUCUAUGCCAACAAUUCCAAAAUUCUAUUUAGGGUGAUCUGUUUGGGUUCUGAGAGAUUAGUAAAGGGCUUGACAGGAUGGAUAGAUAGAGAGAAGUUACUUCCUCGGGUGAGGAAAUUCACAAUUAGGAUCCUAAUCUUUGUAAUUGAGGGAUAAGGAAAUAUUCAUCUCUCCCUGCCUGCUUCGCCAGGGACUUGGUAGCUUAAAAAAGCGGGAAACUGAAUUUUUUUAAUCGGCUAUUGUUUAAUGCACCUCCUACUACAAUAUAUGUGUGCAUUAGGUGGCAGUGUUUCUGGUAACCCCGCUAAUUAAAACAUGCAUGUAAUUUUUGAACACUGCCUUUGACUCCUUGUAGGAGUUAGCAACAGAGAAUAUUUUAAGGAAUUAAUAAUGCUAGAAAACAGGCCUGAAAGCUAAUUUGAGAAGAAACACUUUCUGCAUCCAUGCAGGAAAUUGAUACGAGACAAAAAUUGGCUGCACAAGGUCAGGAAAUUGAAACUGAUCAUGUGAUAAACCUUUCAAGAUCUGUUUAACAGUUACCUGUGGAAUUAAUGUGAAUAUUAGUGAAUGAGGUUUAUACCAUUUUUCUGAUGGUCUCGAAAUAAAAGAUGUUUCCACUUCAGUAAUAUGACUGAAUAGAUGCAACACUUGUCCCUUUACCUCCUCCCUUGACUCCGUUCAAGGACCCAAGCAAUCGUUCCAGGUGCGACAGAGGUGUACCUGCAUCUCUUCCAACCUCAUCUAUUGCGUCCGCUGCUCUAGAUGUCAGCAGAUCUAUAUCGGUGAGACCAAGCGGAGGUUGGGCGAUUGUUUCGCCGAACACCUCCGCUCAGUCCGCAAUAACCAAGCUGACCUCCCGGUGGCUCAGCACUUCAACUCCCCCUCCCACUCCGUCUCUGACCUCUCUGUCCUGGGUCUCCUCCAUGGCCACAGCGAGCAGCACCGGAAAUUGGAGGAACAGCACCUCAUAUUCCGUUUGGGGAGUCUGUAUCCUGGGGGCAUGAACAUCGAAUUCUCCCAAUUUUGUUAGUCCUUGCUGUCUCCUCCCCCUGCUGUCUCCUCUCAUCCCCCAACCUUCAGGCUCCUCCUCCUUUUUCCUUUCUUGUCCCCGCCCCCGAUCAGUCUGAAGAAGGGUUUCGGCCGGAAACGUUGCCUAUUUCCUUCGCUCCAUAGGUGCUGCUGCACCCGCUGAGUUUCUCCAGCUUUUUUGUGUAACCUUCAUUAAUAUGACUAAUGUGGUCAGUGUGGUAACCACACUCUGCCACAGAUGGGCAGGUAGUGGCUGCCAGUGUGGCCAUGUGUUCUAUUGCUUAUUGGCAGGACUUUUGUAUGGACUUCAAGCAUUCUAUAAUGCAUAGGUUCAAUAUUCUUAAUACCAUGUCGAGCAUAUCUCCUUUUUGAGCAUUCUGAGAGCAAAUAGAAAAGCAGAAAUCACUGCUGCCGUGUAGAUCGUGAGUUUUGUGCCAUGUCUGAUCCUAAUAUUGAAAUACCCUUACCACAAAUGCAACAGUGCAACCUUUGGUUGAUUAAGACAGCAAAGUCCGUCUUUGCUGAUGGGUGGUCGACGUUUUCCAAGGUCUUAUAAACCUAUAAAACUAUAUUGCCGGAGGUUAGUGCGGUUCUGAAAAUAGGUGUAUUGAGGAAAUUUGUCUUCCGAUGCAAUCUUUCUGUAUGAAAACAUCCGCAAUAAUCUGGAGUUCGGUCCCUGAGCGUGCGUCUACUGGACCUCGAUCACUGCUCUGUUGUCAACAAGCCAAAGAUAUUUGCAACGCCUUUCACAGUAGUAUAUCUCUCCAUAUACUGUGGAAUGAAGAUUUGCUGCAGUUACAUCACUCUCACUGUGGCACUAAAUGUAACAUUAAUCCCGGGGCAGAGCAACCUGCCUUGAAACCAGGGAAAACUACAUCAACGGCGACGAGCGGGCAGUGCGAACCGGCCCCACCACAGCUGUCCGGUUCGAGACUGAUCAUCCGGUCGCCCACAAGCGAUGGACAACAACAGGCGCCGUUGGCGGGAUAAGGAUGGAUCAGUGAGGCUGGAGCGGGUAUUACGCGCAUUCAUCGCCGAGUGACGGAAUCACGCAACCGCUUCAUGCAAAUGACCUCCGCAUUGGCGGGUCCGCGCGGAGCGCGAACAUCAGCCUCGACGCGCGCCUGAGCAUCAGCAGCAAAGAUCUUUGAUCAGCAGACCCGGUCGUCGCUGGAGCAGCGGCGCGGACGGCGUCCUCCUGAAUCCAUGAGGUCUUUGCGUUUUUAGAUGGGGAAAGGAGUGUGAGAAACCAAAAUGAUCAUUUUACAACACAAAAUAAGAUGGCAGAAAUACCGCAUCAGUAAGGCUACUCAACUGUGAACAUCACUCUCUUCUCUGCAGAACUGACAUGAGAGUUGCAACGAAAGCCUUGUUGAAAUGAGCAGAAGUAUACGUGGAAGCUGAAAACGGUGCCUGGCUGAACAGUUAAAUGAUCAAAUAUGCGUCUCAGCAUGAGAAGGAUUGUUCAGCUCAUCUGCUGUGCUAUUGCUACAAUGAUGGCCUUUCACAUGGGCCACCACAUGUGGGAAUGUCAGCAAAUACUAAAUGAGAAUGGAGGAUGGUUUCAUGGCAGACGAACACACAGCGUGAUGAAACCUGAAAGGGAGGAAUUUGUCAUGUUUAAUUCAAACCACAUUGAGUUCCGCUACAGUAAAAAUAUGCCCCUAAUCUUCAUAGGUGGAGUGCCACGAAGUGGGACAACAUUAAUGCGAGCCAUGAUGGAUGCACAUCCAGAUAUCCGCUGUGGUGAAGAAACACGGAUCAUCCCACGUGUGCUGGCCAUGCGUCAGGUGUGGUCUAAAUCAGAACGUGAAAAGAUGCGUUUGAAUGAAGCAGGAGUGACGGACCAGGUCCUUGACUCAGCAUUGCAAGCAUUUAUAUUGGAAGUAAUUGCAAAGCAUGGCGAACCUGCAAAAUUCUUAUGCAAUAAAGAUCCUUUCACCUUAAAGUCUUUAAUUUAUCUGUCCAGAUUGUUUUCAAAAUCUAAAUUUAUCCUAAUGAUCCGAGAUGGUCGAGCAUCUGUGCACUCAAUGAUUACAAGAAAAGUGACAAUUGCUGGAUUUGACCUCAGCAGCUACAGAGAUUGCAUCAUCAAAUGGAACAGGGCUAUCGAAAUUAUGUAUAGUCAAUGUAUAGAGGUGGGACCUUCCAGGUGUCUCUCAGUUUAUUAUGAACAGUUGGUAUUGCAUCCGAAAAAGACUAUGGAGAAGAUCAUGACUUUUUUGGAUAUUCCAUGGAGUGAUGCUGUUUUGCAUCAUGAAGACUUAAUAGGAAAAGCAGGAGGUGUCUCACUUUCAAAAAUAGAGAGAUCCACCGACCAAGUUAUCAAGCCAGUUAAUCUUGAGGCUUUGGCCAAGUGGGUGGGACACAUUCCUGAUGGUGUGGUUGAGGAUAUGGCAAGGAUAGCACCUAUGUUGGCCAAACUAGGCUAUGAUCCCAAAGCCAAUCCACCAAAUUACGGAAAUCCUGAUGCACUAGUUAUUAAUAACACCAAAAGGGUUUUGCAGGGGGAUUUUAAAACUCCUGCCAAUUUGAAAGGACCAUCUGUGGUAAAGAAUGCUUCAAUUACUUGAUUUCAAUACCAAUGCCGUGAAGACAGGGGCACCAGAUUAUUUGGCAGACAAAACAGAAAAUGACUGAAAACGUUUUGAUUGGAAUCAACCAAAUCUGCUGAUACACUCUUGCAUUCAUGUUGUGGUGUGCUUGAUGGAUACUGUAAACUUGUGACAAUCGUAACUGAAUCUUUACAUUCUGUGAAGGAAGUUACUUUAAUGAUACUUCCUUCCCCAAAGUUAACCUUACGUUAUGGUUCCAAGGUGAAGUCAUCAGUCCAAUGAUUUUCUGUGCAUUUUCAGAUCGAGAGUAAUGCUAUAUCAUACGUCUCCAUGUGAUUGUUGUUUGUCUACUUUGCCAUGUUCUCUCCUGUGUGCAUUUAUUGAAUAUAAUGCCUUGAGCAGUGCUUUAAGCUGCUGUAUUAUUUCCAAUCACCACUAUGACAAUCAAGAAUGUAUAAUCCUAAAGGUUUUCCAUAAUGUGACUGCCCUCAUAUCCAAGUGUGUUUAAUAAUUGAUACCACACACUAAUUGAUGAAAUAUUGCUGUUCUACCACAGUAAAACCUGUAGCUUACCUAGAAGUUAUUCACUGUCAGAAAUUCAAGCAAAAGGUAAAAAUAGUAUUUCACAUUUAGAAGCAUGCCCAGUAAGACUCUUCUGUUUGUUCUUCCCCUUUUU